CCAAACUUGACCCGGCGUCCAGGUCUCGCGAGCGAGCUCGGAAGUGUUUGCUGCCGCUCUCAUGAUGCGUCCGCUAAACUGCAUCGUCGCCGUGUCCCAGAAUAUGGGCAUCGGCAAGAACGGGGACCUGCCCUGGCCCCGACUCAGGAAUGAAUUCAAGUAUUUCCAAAGAAUGACCGCAACCUCUUCAGUAGAAGGUAAACAGAAUUUGGUGAUUAUGGGUAGAAAGACCUGGUUCUCCAUUCCUGAGAAGAAUCGACCUUUAAAGGACAGAAUUAAUUUAGUUCUUAGCAGAGAACUCAAGGAACCUCCACAAGGAGCUCAUUUUCUUGCCAAAAGUUUGGAGGAUGCCUUAUCACUUAUUGAACAACCAGAAUUAACAAAUAAAGUGGACAUGGUUUGGAUCGUGGGAGGCAGUUCUGUUUAUAAGGAAGCCAUGAACAAACCAGGCCAUCUUAGACUGUUUGUGACAAGGAUCAUGCAGGAAUUUGAAAGUGACACAUUUUUUCCAGAAAUUGAUUUCGAGAAAUAUAAACUUCUCCCAGACACCAUGCCAGCCUGUCCUCCAAGGCUCUGCCCUCAUUCAUCUUGCCUGGAAGAAAUCUUUCUGUCUCACACUAUUUCACACUAGGCUCCAACCAAACCAGCAAGCCCAAAUAUUUUAUACCAGCAGUUUUCUGCUUAAUGAGGCGCAAACAGACUUCUCCUUCUAGUUGACAACGUUCCACAAGACAAUGUAUUCAAAGAGGAUUAAAGACCAGAGAAGCCUUUGAGGCAGUAGUUAGCUCCAGAGCUGAGACAGAGAUGGAUGCCCCUCACUGUGGACAACUUGAAGUCGGUUCUUGAUGGGCUGACGUUUCCUCCUCUGCCCCCCUUACUUCCUGACUGUCCAAUAGGAUCCUGGCAUAUUGGUCCACAUUAUUUGUACGUUCCUCUCCUCCUGAUCCUGUGCUUCCUGUAGAGUCUUCAUUUUAUUUUAGUUGUGGUUGUUUCUUACGGAUACCUGUUCAAGAACUCUGUUUACCUCUUUCUUAGACCUUCUAUCAAAUCAUCUCUGUAUUAUUCUCGUGAUCCUUUGUCAGUUCACAUCUUAUGUUUAUUCUUAUUCAUUGGCUUCCUUAAUGCUUGAAGAUUCUAGAGGGGAGUCUCUGUCUGGAUGGUUCAUAACAAAUAGAUGGUAUUUCCAAAUCCCGUUAGACUUAAACUCAGAGUUCAAAUGUGGGCUCUUAGGUCGUUUUCUCUUCAGAAAAGUUUGGAAUUAGGAUUAUGAGGUAGUUAUAAUCAUUAUUAAAACAAACUGAAUAUGUGAAUAUUGUGGAAGGUAAAAUUAAUCCUAAGCAGAAUUAAAUUUUAGUUUCACAGAGAAGAUUAACAUUAAUACUAUGGCUAGUGACCAUACCAGCCAACAGCAUAGUUAUUUCUAAGUUAUUAUUAUUCAAAGUUUACAAAUAACUUUGAUACUUGCCUUUUAUCUUAUUAACUGACAGUCUUGAUACUCUUGAGAAUUUUACACACACACAAAAAUGUAAAUGUUGCUUUUUGAUGACUCAUUCCAAAGGUUUAUAGUUGGCCUAGUAAAAUCAUUUCUUUAAAAAAAGGAAAAAAGCUAUACUGCUACUAAAACAGUGGAAUAGAAACAGCUUAGAAAAUGGUUAGUAAAUAGAAGCAUAGCUUCUCCCCCUGAAAUGUAAAUUAUUCAAGAGAAAACACCUUUUUCUCUUCCUUACACGUUGUUAUGCUAUUGUUACUUCAUGUCUCUAAUUAUAAUUUUUAUCAAAAUGGCAUAAUCUCUAAUUGGUCAACAAAAAGUUAAUGCCUAUUAUUACUCAUCAAUGUGUUGGAUAGCAUAAGAGAUUUAAAUUUUUUCCUGUAUUAUCCCUGCCCUACAGUGAGUUUAGAAAAUAGUUAAGGGGACAGAACAAACUAGUAAUAGUAAUGGUUAACAUUUGUAGAGCAUUUAAAGUAAUGAACUCACGAUGCUAAAUUCUUUAUAAGAAGAAAGACUUUUAUUGAUAGCCAAGUGUCACGCAGCAGAACCAGAGUCAAACACAAGUCUGAUUAGAGCAGGGGUUCCUCACCCCACCUUGAGCACACUGGGGUGCCGCCCGCACAGUACUGAGGACGUGUGCCAGGAUUUGGGUUGUAGACUGAGUGGUCAGAAGAGCCUUCAGUGGAGGACCUGGGUUUUGUUUUUUUGUUGGUGGUAGGUGUUUUUUCAGUGGAAAAAAUUGUUUUUAUUGUGGUAAGAAUGCAGCAUGAGAUACACCCUCAACAGAUUUUUCAGUAUACAAUACAGAUUAACUACAGGUACAGUGUUGCACAGCAGAUCUCUAGAACUUAAUCAUCUUGCACAACUGAAACUUUAUACCCUUUAAACAGCAACUCCCUGUUUCUCCUUUCCCCUAGCCCCUGUCAACCACCCUUCUACUCUCUGUUUCUAUGAGUUUGACUAUUUUAGAUACCUCAUAUAAGUAGAAUCAUGCAGUAUUUGUCCUUCUGUGACUGGCUUAUUUCACUUAGCAUAAUGUCCUCCAAGUUCAUUCAUGUUGUUACAUAUGGCAGGAUUUCCUUCUUUUUCAAGGCUGAAUAAUAUUCCAUUGUAUGUAUAUACCAAUUUCUUUAUCCAUUCAUCUGUCAGUGGACAUUUAGAUUGUUUCCACAUCUUGGCUACUGUGAAUAAUGCUGCAAUGAACAUCGGAGUGCAGAUAUCUGUUCAAGAUCCUGAUUUGAGUUAUCAAAAAAAAAAAACACAAGAGAUAACAAAUGUUGGCGAGGAUGUGGAGAAAUUGGACCUCUUGUACACUAUUGGUGGGAAUGUAAAAUGGUGCAGCCACUAUGGAAUACAAUAUGGUGGUUCCUCAAAAAAUUGAAAAUAGAAUUACCAUGUGAUCCAGCAAUCCCACUUCCUGGUAUAUACCCAAAGGAGGGCCUGGAUUUUAAAUUGGAAGCUGGAGGGAACACAGACCUAAGUGAGAGUUAGGGAGUGGAAAAGAUCAGAUAAACAGUGAUUCUAGUAGAGGAAUUCCAACAAGCCACACACUGGGGAUAGAGCACUGUGGUGUCCAUUGAUUAAACAGAAAUCAAGAAUCUCUAACCAUGCACCACACAUAACUUCAGUUCUGCUCUAGACAGCUAAAGAUUGUGUUUUUCUUUUGCUCACACAAGAAAUUUGAUGCCAAGUGUAAGACUUGCAUAAAGUUCUUAAGGAAUUUCAUAUUAGCUGGAUGAUAAGUGGAAAGAUAAAAGAGAAACUGCCAAUAGUGGUUAGUUUGGGGGAGAAUAAAGAGUCAGAAGGAAAAGAGGAGAAGAAAUUACACUUUUUUUUUCUUAAUGUAACGUCACUAUUAUUUUUUUUUUUGCUGAGGAAGAUUUGCUCUGAGUUAACAUCCAUUGCCAGUCUCCCUCUUUUCUUCCUUUUCCUUUUUUUUUUUUAGUGUGAGCCGCCACCACAGUAUGGCUGCUAACAGAUGAGUGGUGUAGGUCCACACCUGGGAACCAAACCUGGGCUGCCAAAGCGGAGCGUGCCGAACUUAACCACUAGGCCACCAGGCCUGGCCCAGAAAUUACACUUUUUGCUUUCUAACUUUCUAUACAGUUUGAAAUGUUUUCUUUUCAUUUGCAUAUGUAGUAUGUUUGCAGAAUAUUAACCCAACUUAACAGUGGCUUACCAUUGUGAAGAAAGAAGGGAAGACUUUUAUUUACUUUGUGCAUUCUUGAUGCCUUUUGGCUGAAAGUCAGGGAAGCUAUAUUUUUAAUUGAUACAUUAUUUAAUUAUAUAUA